AUGUCAAAACAUAUUAAUAAUAAUAAUAAUAAUAAUAGUAGUAGUAAUAAUAAUAGUAAUAAUACAAGUACAAGUACAAGUACAAGUAGUAGUUUGAGUAAACAAGAAUCAUUUCAAUAUUGGAAACAAAAAGAUAAUGAUUCAUUGUCUUCAUCACCUAUAACUACAUCACCAGUCUUGACUAGUACGAAUAGCAGUAGCGGCGGCAGUAGCAGUAAUCUAUCAAAGUCAUCAUCUGCAUCGUCGCUUGGUAUUGGAGGAUACAAGACAUCGUCUACCACCAACAAAGUAGUAGCGACUAGUCAUAGUGCAAAUACGUCACCUGCAUUUUCGUCGUCUGCUCCCACUUCUUCCUCCUCAUCAUUGUCAUCGAAAAAAAGUGUUUCAUCAUUAUCAUUAAAUUACGGGUCAUCGACUAGUUCAUCGUCAUCAUCUACGACAUCAUCUACUACAUCAUCUUCACCAACUAUCAUGCGAUCUAAAUCAAAUCAUCAACAUCAUCAUAGUCAAGAUGGUGGUAAUAGUAAUAACAACAACAAGACUGUAUUAACAAGCAGUGGUAAAUCUUCUACUUCUACUUCUAGUGCUUCUCCAAGUAAAUCAUCUUCAUCGUCAUCAACAUCACAGACUCUUCCGAGUCUUAGGAUGAAACCUGAGAGAAAGAGUAUAAAGACAAUAUUUAUGGACUUGUGGUCGAAACCACCUCAAGACGAACAAGAAGACGAACAACUCGAGCAACAAACCAACUCAACUGUAACACCACCAACCCAAUCAACAUCAACUCAAUCAACAACAACAACAACAACUGAAACACCAAUUGUAAAUAAGACUAAUACAACAGCGACAGCGACUACGACUACGACUACAGCUGCAACGAUGGAUAAACCAACAGCACCAACAACAGCCAAAUCAAAGACACCUGUUAAACCAGCAGCGGCACAACCACCCAACUCUAUCUUAAAGUCUUCAUCAAAGUCAUCACCAUUGUUAAAGGAAAAGGAAAAGGAAAAAGAGACUACUACUACAACGACGACGAUGGUAGCUCCAACGACACCAACUAAAAAGAGUACACCUGGAGUCAUUUCGAAAUCGAAUAGUUCAUCUAUUACAACACCAUCAUCUACCUCGAAAAAGGCUGCUGCUGCUGCUGCUGCUGCUCCAUCAACAUCAACAGGUAGUAGUAGUAGUACUACGACGAAUACAACUGGUAAUAUUAAACCAUCAUCAGUUAUUGGAAAUAAUAGUCAUUUGGUAUCAUCUGGUGAACAACAACAACCAAGAGGUGUAUUUAUAACCAACUCGGAUAGUACUUCUACUAGUACUACGACUACGACUACAACUAGUACAACAAGUCCACUUGGUUCAUCGAUUGAUGGUAAUAAUAAUAAUAAUAGUAAUGGUGAAGACAUAAACAAAUAUAAAAAGAAAGAAGGAGAAUACAAGACAGAAGCCGAAAGAUUAUCAACAUUGGAAUUCACAGUGACAUUGAUGAAGAAACAAUAUGACGAUAUUGUUGGCAAGUUUUCAAUUGAAUCGAAUCUUAGAAAAGAGUUGGAAUCUCAUUGUGAUGAAUUGGAAGCUAGAUUGACAUUAUCUGAAUCUAGAUUACAAAGAUAUUCAGUGGUUGUACAACCUUCUGUAUCUGUACCUAUACAACAACAACAACAACAAGAAGAUCAACAAGAGGAAAAAGAGAUUAAAGAGAUUCAAAGAAUACGUGAUGACCAACGUGUCAAUAGUCUGUUGUUGCAAAUCAAAACGUUGGAGGAAAAGGUUGGUGUACUCGAAUCGACCAAUACCAAACUAUGUGAAGAGAUCCAUACCAUUGCAUUUGAACAUUCCAUCUUUACAUCGGAAAAGAAGAAAAAGGCUCUAAAAAAAUUAGAACAAAAGGAAAAAGAACUGCAAAAGGAACGUGAACAAAAGGAAAAAGAAAAGGAAAAGGAAAAGAUCAAAACUUUAAAACGUGACAAGGAACGUGAAAAGGAACGUUUAAAAGAACAUGAAAAGGAGACACGUGAAAGGAGUUUAACAGGAUCAUUUGAUUCAAAUAGUGGUUUAACUGAUUCUGAUAAUGAUAAUAAGAAGAUAUCAUCAAGUGCACUUAAAAAAUCAACUAUUAUUAAUAAUUCUUCUGCUGCUCAAUCAUUAGAUAAUAAUGACUCGUCAACUUUGGUUACACCAAUGAAUGCAGCAAGCGUAAGUAGUGCAGCUAAAGAUUCAUCAUCACCUGUACUAGUUUCGUCGUCACCAAAAAAAGUUGGGUUCACUGAAGAGACUAUCAAUCACCCUAGUAAAUCAAAGUCUCAAGGAUACGGAAACACAAUUAAAAAGUGGGCUGGUAAAAGAAUGUCAGCUCAUAUAAUGGGACUUGGAUCAUCAUCUUCUUCAUCUGCAUCUGAUAAUGUUGAUGGUGCAGUUGUAAUGAACAAUGGUGGUGGAGACAAUAAGUAUUCAUCUAAACAACAACCAACACCAGAAGAAAAGUCACAAGCUGUUAAAGGAUUCUUUAAUCAAUACUAUGAUGGAGAUGUAGAUGAAUUAAAGAAUCAAAAAAUGACAAGAAUGCGUAGUAAAUCAUUAUCACGUGAUUCUAAUGAAGAUGAAGAAGAUUUCUCACCAAAGAUUACCUUUUCAAGUGGUAAUUUAUCUGGUUCAUUAUCAGUUUCAAAUUCUUCAGUUGGUUCUUUAUCUUCCUCUAUUCCACCUUCCCAACAACCAAUUAUUAAAGAAGUAAUUCAAACUCCUGAAAAACCAACUAUUGAAGAUAAAAAGAAAGGAUAUUCAACAAUUGGAAGAAUGUUUGGUGGAAAGAAAGAGAGUGCACCUGUUGCACCUUCAAAAUUAACUUUAUCACCAGUUGAUCCAGAUGGAAAAUUAUCAUUCUUGUUAAAUGAACGUUUGAAUCAUCGUAUUUCAAGAGAUGAAUUGAUUUUUAAGAAAAUUAUGAAAGCUGAAUCAAUAUUUGGUAUAACAUUAAAUGAAGAUACAUUGGAAAGAAUACAAAGAUAUAUUAAUAAUAGUGCCGAUGCAUUGAUUGAUCAUAAUCAUUUGAGUGAUUUAUUUACAAAGCCAGUAGAGGAAUCACAGAUCAAAUCAUUAAAAGAAUCGAUUGAACAAUCGGUUCUUUCCAACUUUUCACAAAAGGAUCCAUACUUGGUUGCCAGUACACUGCUCUUCUUUUUCGAGUCGUUGCCCGAAAAGUUGUUGACUCGAAUCUCUAAUGGACUAGUGUCAACCUCUAAUAUCGAGGAUGUUUCCCAUCGUCGUUCGCUUGUGCGUUCGCUUCUCUACUCUCUCCCACCUUCACAUCGUAGUGUAUUGAAAUGUAUUUUACAAUUAAUUAGAGAUUUAUCAAAUAUCGAAUAUUCCAACAAAAAUAUUAGUCCAAAUGGAAAUGGAAAUAUCAACAACAACAAUAGUGAACAAAUCAAAGAAAGUAUAGUUAUUCCAUUCUCUUUAAAUUUGAAUAAUGAAGAGACUACUAUAUCAACUGAUGAUACAACUACAACCAAUUCAUUAUCAGUUGAUGACUUUUCACCUAUUGGUGGUAGUAUCAAUAGUUCACCACUUUUACUUGGUCAAGAACAACAACAACAACAACAACAACAACAACCAACUAAACAAGAUCAAGUCGAAGAAGAAGAGUAUGAUGAAGGUGUAGUAGAAGAAGAAGCAAUAGUUGGAGACGAAGAAUAUAUUCAAGAAGAAGAAUAUAUUCAAGAGGAAGAAAUGGAGGAAGUACCAAAGGUUAAAAAGGUACCACCACCACUCCCACCAAGACAACCAACAAUGAAUAAUCUUGGAUCUCCAUUUACAUCACCAGUAUCAUUGGCCAAGUUUAAACGCCAACCUAGCAAAUCAAAGUUGACUAUUGCAUCAAUGGCUGCAACUCUGUCUCCAUUGAUAAUCAUUUCACCAACCAAUUCAAAUGAUGGUGCAGUCCGUGCCAUUUGCCAGAUGAUCGAUGACUUUGACAACAUUUUCGAUGGAACAGUCGACAUUCAGUUUAUCAUCAAGGAGAACUUGUCGUUGGUCAAGUGCGCCAACUUUGACAAGGUGUUUGAGCGUCUGAUCGACCUCAACAACCGUGACACUGAUUACAACUACACCAUCUUUUACUCGUACGACUACUACAGCAAGUCAAACGAGUUCCUCGACAAAAUUGUACAUUAUUAUAAAAAGACUACUACUUCCAGUAAUAGCAGCGCGGCUGCAACAGCUGGAGCGAUCAUGGGACCACAAAGUUCGUGGCAGAUGGAAUUGUCACUGACAGUCUUGUCAGUCGGUAUGUUUUGGAUGAAGUUGCAUCAUAAUAUCUUGUCUGCCGAUUUACUCUUUUUGAGCAAACUCAAGACGUUUAUUGAGUCGGCACAACCCGUUCCACCUGGACAAGCCACCUUUUUCGGCUACUUUAAGACAUUCUUCCAGUCGAGUAACACACCCAUCAAACAUUUGUAUGAGCGUGGUGACUCGUUUUACGCAACCUCUGGUAAGGGUAAAUCCAAACAAGGCAAGUUGUCGGCAGUUGACAAACUCGCCAAAGACGGACCAGUCAACAUCUACGACAUUGGCGCACAAGAUAUGGCCACACAAGUCACUAUCGUCGACAAUGAGUUGUUGAUGGCUAUCCCAUUAUUCCAAUUCCUCCACAAGGCGUUCACCAAACAAGACCUAUCUCCACAAUUCCAUAACAUGGUCAGCAAGUUUAACGAAUGGGCUAAAUGGACAAGCUACGAGAUUCUCGGCCGUGAAAAGUUGGCUGACCGUGUAGCUGCCAUGUCCUACUUUAUCGAUCUUGCCAAACACUGUGUCGAGAUGGGUAACUUUAACGCUGCCGCCGCUAUAGUCGGUGGACUCAAUCACUCUUCAAUUGCCCGUCUUCGUCACACUUGGGAAAAGCUACCCACCAAGGUGCAACAAGAUUACAAGCAACUCGAGACGCUCUACGAUAUGAGUAUGAACUACAAAAACUACCGUGAGGCACUCAAGGCAUCGACCGAGGCCAAGGUCAAGGUCAUCCCCUACCUUGCACUCUUCCCCAAAGACCUCAUCGCCAUUGAAGAGGCCAACGACACUUACACUAGUGGCGGUCUCAUCAACAUUGAAAAGUUCCGUCUUCUCUAUCGUAUCAUCAAGGAGAUCUCUGGCUACCAACAACCACUCUUUAACACUCGUACCUCUGAACCCAUCAAAAACUAUCUCAUGAACCUUUCCAAUACUCUUUUAGAUGAAAAGGAAUUACAUGCACUUAGUUUAAAGGUUGAACCAAGACCUAGUACCCAAUAA